ACCUCGCGUUAUCUGUGCUGCGAAAAUGAUUCAUUUCGUAAUAAAUAUACAAGCUUCAGUUUUCAUUUGGUAGUUGAAGAUAAGCGACGCCACAACCGACAUGCCAGGACAGUAUUACGGUUGGGGAGCGCCCCCUCCUCCCCCACACGGGUUUCCUCCACCUCCACUUGGUCCUCCCCAUGGUCCUCCCCAUGGACCCCCGCACAUGUACCCUCCUGGUGCCAUCGUUUACUACCCAAUGCAUCCGGGGUAUUUUUAUCCACCACCUCCCGGGGCGGAUUCUGUGGAAGUGGUGGAGGAAGCCGAAGCGGUCCCGGAAUUACCGGGAGAGACCGUCGAGCUACCUUGGAGCACAUAUCGCUGGGUCCCCGCUUGCUUAAGCCAACGCAGCAUUCCACCAGGUGCCCUCAGAGUCGGUACCGAUGCUGACGGUGAUGAGAUCUACGCGGGAAGAGCUCACCACGAAGGUGACAUCGUUCCGGCCAAAGUCAUUCCGACCAAAAACGCGUGUUAUAUUUCUUUCGGUGGUGAAGAGGUUCUAAAAGACCAGUUUGAGGUACUAGUACCAUCCAUGUUCGCCUGGCAGUUCUCGACGAAUGGCGAAGUUCCGCCCGGUGCUGUCGAGGCUGGCUCCACAGCUGACGGGGAGAAGCUUUACUUCGGCCGGGUCAAUCAUGACGGAUGCACUACGCCCGGCAAGAUCCACCCGUCACACGAAUGUUGCUAUUACCCGUUUGAUGGCGAAGAAAGGAGCUCUGCCGAAUAUGAAUGCCUGGUACUAAUGUAGAAAAUGUUAUCUAAAAACGACUUUGGAAAUUCACUUAAAUUAGCUCAAUUAUUUAAUGCAUUAUACC